AUGCAUCCUACCGGAAGCCCUGUGGUGGGAAGCCCAGCUGGCUCGCCGAACCCUCUUGGAGGUGUGUUGCCACCCCCGCCAGGUUUGCCGGAGUUUGGUGGAGUUUCGCCAGUUAGUGCACCACCGCAACCCACCGUGGAGACGUUUCUUUACCAUACGGUGCAGCAGCAGCAGCAGCAAGUUGCUCAGCUUACGUCUCUAGUUCAGGCUCUUGUGAGCAGGGAAGUGCCUGCGCCACCUACUGCGAGGGGCAAGGGCCACGGUGGAGAGCUUAGCUCCAUCUCCGAUUCGUCGGGGAAGAUGGAGGUUGAUGAGGGAGGUGCUCCCAUCAGGAAUCCCAAAGCUGAAGCUUAUGUUCCUAAGUUGCCUGCAAUUGAUGGUGGAAAGAUGAGCAAAGGCCGUCGCUCGGAGAUCGAAGGAUGGGCUGAGUUCCUAGAGCAAUUCUUGCCGUGGAUCGCCCUCUUUGAUGAUAGGAUCCCGGAAGAGCUUCAUCGGUCGAUUGCCUCUGAGGUCACCAUCAAGCAGUCGUCGCUUGAAAAGGGACAGAGCGUGCGUUCAAUUAGGACCUUCUUGUACCUGAAGCAAGCGUUGCAAGGGUUUGCUCGUGGGCUUGACUUGGUUAAGCAAGUGGAGAAGGAGCAGCUUGGCUCCCCAGCUGGGUACGAGUGCAUAAGGAGGUUGCAUCAGGAGUUGUCUGUUGCGAGCCGCAUCGAGGCUUCGACGCUUCGGAAUGAGGCCUUGCAGUACCGCGCGAGCACUCCUGCCAAUCGCCCACUUGACAUGUUUCGGAACAUCCAGUUGGAGCUUGCCAAGUUUACCCGCUUGACCGCAGGGUUCCCAGAUCUUGCGUUGAGUGAAGCAGAUCGUUGCAUGAUUGUUUUGAGAAACCUUGACGUUGAAGUGAAGAAGUAUGUGCUUUUGCAUGCUAGGGUUGACUCGAUGGACCAGCUUGAAACGGCUUUGAAGUUUUAUGAUGCCAACCUUAAGAUCCUGAAUUUCCAACAGAAGGAAGGAAAGGGAGCAGCAAAGGAUCACGCGAAUGCUUUGACCUUCGAGGACAAGGGAAAGGGCAAGAAGGGUGACAAAGGAAAGGAAGGAAAAGGAAAGGACAAAGGAAAGGACAACAAGAAAGGGAAGGAGAAAGGAAAGGAAGGAAAAGGGAAAGGUGGAAAGGACAAAGGCAAGGACAAAGGGAAGACCGCAGCUGCAAAGGACGGCAAGCAAGGUUCUGGAAGCGACAAGGACAAGGAGAAGGAGAAAGCAGAGCGCUUGAAGAACGUUGCGGCUGCCUCCUUGGAGCCUCAGAUUUUCGCAGCCGCGGUUGAUCUGAGUUGUCCGGUUGUUGAGCUUGAUGAAGAGGAUUGCUCGGAUUUUUCCCAGGAGGAUUGGGAGGAGUUCGUUGCAUCUUAUGAGUGUGCUUGGUCGGAGCCUGUUGUGCUUGAAGGCGGUGAGCCGGUUGCGCUUGAGGGUUCCAUGUUGCACGUUGCGCUUGAAAAUUUUCCUUGUGACAGCCCAAACAGAGCCACAGUUGAGCUUGCAGAGUCCCGCGGUGUCCCAAACAGAACCACAGUCGAGCUUGCAGAGUCCCACCAGGUCCCAGACAGAACCACAGUCGAGCUUGCAGAGUCCCCAGAGUUGAGCUUGGAAGCAGGUCGUUUUGUUGCAGAUUUUCAAAAUGGCGUUGAGCAUGGCAUGUUGCAUGUGGUAGGCAGACCUGAGCAUGGCAUGGUAGCGCACGAGACAGCAGCAGCCAGCCAGCAGCAUGACACCAUGGACUGGUGGCUCGUCGACUCUGGCGCGUCGGCCCACAUCAUCAACGAGGACACUUUGAGCCGGGUGCACGUUGUGAGCCACAGUGAGUCUGCCAGUGAGUGUGUUUCUGCAACGGGUGACAGCAUUGGAGUUCGGAGGCCGCUGGGUACGUUCUUCGCACGAGAUGGGUCUCCAAUUGCGGAUGGGAGGAGCAACCGGGCACCCGAGGAGUCUUCUUCCGACUCGGAGCAGGAGUGGCGCCUUUCGGGUCGCCGCCACCUGGCGGAGCAGCACGCGGCGACUGUUACAAGGACGCACGAGGAUUUCGAGGGAUCCACGGUCGCCUUUACGGCAACCUCGAUGGUGGGUCUUACGCCGGGCCAGAACCUGCUGUUGGUGCCAGCCGCGGAAGUGAAGAAGAAGACGGCAGAGCAGGCAAAGGCAGCUGCGAAAGCAGCGGCGGAGAAAUUCGUGAAGGAGCGUCAGGAGAGCGCCCAGUGGGCCAAGGAAGCAGAGGAAGCAAAGAAGAAGGAGAAGUUGAUCAACGAGGCCACGGAGGCAAAGAAGAGAGCAGCCGAGGCAGUGGAGUUGGUCAGCGAUUCCCCGGAGGGGAAGAAGAAAGCAGCCGAGGCAGAGAAGUUGGUCGACGAGGCCACGGAGGCAAAGAAGAAAGCAGCCGAGGCGGAGAAGUUGGCCAGCAAAGCCGCUGAGGCAAAGAAGAAGGCAGCCACAGAGGCCGCGGAGGCAGAGAAGAAGGCAGCCACAGAGGCCAAGAAGAGGGUCGCCGAAGCGGCCGAGGUCACAGAGGCCAAGAAGCCCAAGGGCAGUGUGGCCAGAGCAAAGGCGGAGCCGUCUUCGGGGUCGAAGGACCCACCGCAGCCAGUGGUGAAGAGGCAGCCCAAGCCGCCCAUGGUGAAGGCAAUGCCAGCCAAGGUCCGAAAGAUCGCCUUGAAGAGCCGGGCCCAGCGCGGGAUUCCCGGGCAGACCGACACUGCGCUGAGAAUGCUUUCGCAGCGAGCCAAGGAGAAGAAGAAGCGGGGCUACCUCAUGAAGGCCAUCAACAACGCUAUGAAGAAAAAGGCCGAGGAGCAGAAGGGCGCGCCGGUCAGAAGAACCUGGGAGAAGCAUGUCAAGGAUCACUAUGCUCAGAUCAGGGGGGGAGGUGACGAUUUCCGAAAUCGUCAAGGAGCCUCGUGGGCCGCCGGGGCCGCCGACGGUGCCACAGCCGAAGACCCCUCCUUCUACGCCAGCGCGAGCAGCAAGGGCCCCGGAGGUCAAGGUGGAGGGCGUGCGUGCAGCAAAGGUGCCGGAGGUCAUCAAGGUGGAGGGCAUGGAGAUCAAUCCCCCACCACCGGUGCCACCGAGAAGGAGACUUCCCACGCCGCCGAGGGAUCCGAGGUCAGCCGGGCGAGGGCCCUCUGCGCACUCAGAGUGGUCACCUGUGUCCAGUCUGCCGCCAUGGUCACCAGUGUCCAGUGUGCCGGUGGAGACAAGGGAUCCUCCAAGGACGCCCGCCAAUCUUCCGAGGACGCCCACCAUCCAGGAAUAUCCGAUGGUCCUUCUUCCUUGGGACUCACGCUUCUGAUGCAAGAAAAGGUUGCGUUUGCAGGUGAGCAUGAUUUUGAAGUUGAGCUUGGUGAGCAUGCAUGUGUUGGUGGUUUGGGUGAGCAUGAUGUGCAGCAUGGUGAGUUGCUUGAGCAUGUUGGCCAGGACCUACCACAGCGUGACCGGAGCGAGGCCCAUGGUAGCCAGAGUGAAGCAUGGUUGCUUAGAGGGGAUCGGGAACUGUUGUUGCAGGAGAGUUGGGGUAAGCUAGAGCGAGAACAUGUUCUUAGAUCGCAUGUGCCGUACAAUGCGUCCUGCCCGCAAUGCGUGCAAGGUCGUGGACUUGAACCCGCCAGAAGCCAGGAUCGGCCCCAGGACUCAGGGAUGAGAGAGGUGCAAAUAGAUAAAUUUUUCUAUAAGGGCCUGGGCUUCCUGGUGUUGGUUUUGGUUGGUGCUUUUGCCCUCGGUGUGGUUCCGUACCGUGAGGUGAGCGGAUCUCGAGGCCCAGCAGCCAAAGAAGCCAUGUUGAAUGACAUGUCGGCAUGGAGUCGUAGCGUUGGCUUGGUUGGUGUUGCUCCCAGUGAGUUGACGGUGAGUGUGAAGUCGGACAUCGAGGGUGUUGUGAAGAACCUUGCGCAGAGUUUUGCUGAUGGCUUGACCGCCGGUGCCAUCGAAGUUGUUGACGCCCCUGUUGGUCGGCAUGCUGUUGUUGCAGAGCGUGCGGUGAGAACCAUCAAGGAAGGUGCAAACACACUUUGUGCUGGGUUGGAACAGGUCGGCUUGGAGCCUUGCGGGAAGGGUGUCACGUAUCUUUUGAUGCACGUUGCCCAGGUCUACAACCGGUACCAGGUGCAUCCUGGAUCGGCGCUGUCCCCAGAACAGCGGUGCUUGAAGACCACCCGUGGACCGCAUGCCGCAUAUGUUUGGGGUGCUGCCGUGCUUGCCACUCCUCCUCCCUCUUUGCGUGACAAGAUCACCGGCCGUUACGGCCACGCCGCCUACCUUGGACCAGAAGUCGGAAGUGGAAGCCGCAUUGUGCAGUUUAGGCUGCGGGAUGGCACCUUGAAGAUUGCGAGAAGCGCAAGAAUCCGGAUGUUGGUUCCUCUCACUUUUGAGGUGUCGAGCUUGAAAGGUGUUUGUCGCAUGUUGCCAGGAAGAAGGGAUGAUGCCCAGAAGAAGCUCCCCGAGAGCAGUGGUGACAAUGUGCGCGACCUUCCGUUGCCGAACACCGCAACCCGAGGACCACCACUAGAGUGGAUUGAAGAAAACGGAAGGACCCCAAGGUGCCGAGCUUGUCGACUGCGCGGUUUUCCAGCAGACAAGGCAUGGCACACCCAAAGAUGCCGUGACCGCUACGCAGAAUUUGUGCGGAACUCUUUCGAUCCCAGCCGGGCGAUCCUCGAUCAAGCCCCAAUUGAAGAAGAAGCGGCUGGGCUUGAUGAUUUGGGUGCUGGAUUUGAUGUUGAUCUUGGGCUUGAUGUGCCGGAUGAUCUUGAUCCGUUCCCGAAUUUUCCGGUGGACGAGGAUUUGGCUGAGUAUGAACCCAGCCUGCCUGGAGUUGAGAAUGAGAUUGAGGUUGGAGAAGAACUCGAGCAGAUCGAGGCCCCGAGCCCGGGCGAGCUUGAUUUCAUGCAAGUUGAGCCUGAACCUCUUGAGGCACUCCCUGAAGAAGAGCGGGAGGCCAUGGUGUCUAGUGUGAUGUACCGAGAGUCCAUCUCCUUUGCUGGUGCGUCGGUUUGCUUUGCCGGGGCCGCCACCAAGGUUGACUUGAACUGGGUGAAUGUGCUUACUGUGAGUGAGCGUGAUGAUGGUGCCAGUGCACAGACCUUGCUUGAGCUCAAAGCCAUCUUUGCUGCGCAGAUCAAGAAGAAGGGUUUUGUCUUCUUGUGGGCCAGUACCCCGUGCACCGGAGGCUGCCCAUAUCAGAGGCUGCGUGCCCGUGAUCCAGCUUAUCGCCGAGGGCGGUUGGCUCAGCACUGGAGGCUGCACCGAAAGCUCUGGAGAAGCUUGGUCGAGCUUACUAGCUUUGUGCAUGCUUGGGCCAUUGAGUGGCCACGUGCUUGUGCUUACUGGUCUUGGCGCCAGACUGAGCAUUUUCUUUCUUCACGCCCCUACGUUUUGCACGACGUUCCAGUUGAUGGUUGUGCGCUUGACAUGCGAGGCCGCGAUCAUCUUCUUAUCGCCAAGCGGUGGCGUGUUGUUACCACACACCCAGCAGUUGCUGAGAGCAUCCGUGUCUAUCGUUGCUCUGGGAAGCAUGAGCACUCGAAGGACUUCGACCUCAAGAGUACACAGCACUACCCGGUAGAGCUUGUAAAGUCCUUCUUUGAAGCGUUGACGUUUAAGAUGUCUCUGGUUCCUUUCGCUGCCGAGCGUGCCAUGGUGUUUGGCCUGGUUGUGGAAGUGCAAGAGAAGCUUCUCGAAGUACCGAGUGUCGGGCUUCUCGCUGUUGUGCUUGUCCCACUGCUUGUGGGUGUUGCGCUUGGAGUGUGCUUGCAGAAGCUGCGUACCGAGAGCUCCCGCGUCAAGACUGUGCAGGACCUUCUUUCGUUUCUGCCAAGGUCAGGCCAGAAGAUGGCUGUCUUUACUUCUGCUUACGGAGACUGUUUCCACGCAACCGAUCAGCUGAGUGAACACCACUCCGAGCGUGACGAUGCAGGACUCACACGAAACACUCUGUUGGUCGGCUUUGCAUCUCCAAGGCUCCCUGCAUUGGCCUUCUGGCUGGCCAGCUCCGCAAACGCGGCGUGCGACCACGAGGUUCCCACUCCUGCCGCUGGAGUGCACAUGGCUGACUGA